AUGAGUGAAUUAAAUGAUUUUGAUCAAUUUAAUUUUAACAGUUAUGAUCAUUUUAGUAAUAAUCAACCAUAUGGUAAUAUUCCCAACAAUGAUAGCUAUGAAAUAAAUGAAUUGGAUAAAUUAAACAAUUUAAAUGAUAAUUUUAAUGAGAAUAUAAGCUACAAUAAUGUUGACAAUUCUUUAAAUAAUUUCUACGGUGAUGUUAAUUCAAAUAAAAGAGAAAGUGAAAGAUCAAGCAGUAAUAAUAAUUAUAGCAGCAGUAAAAAUGAGAACUCCAAUAAAAACAUAACACUUCCACGAAGAGAAAGUAAAAUGUCUUUUGAAAAUUCUUAUGAACAAUUUUUUGAAAAAGAAUCAGACAUAUCAGAUACAGAAGAAUCCAAUAUUUGGGAAAUCGAAAGAUUAAAAAGAAUAGAAGAGAGAAAAGAAUAUGAAAAAAGAAAAAAAAUAGAAAUAAAAGAAAAAGCAGCAGAAGAUUUAAAGAAAUGGUAUGAAGAAAUGGCCAUUAAAGUUGAAGAAAAAAAAAAAUUAUUUAACAAAAAAAAAUCAGAAGAGAAAAAAAAAGAAGAAAAUUUAGAAGAUAAAACAUGGUUAAAGGUUUCUCAAUAUUUAGAUUUUGAAAAAGGCGAAUAUUUUAAGGAAAAUAGCAGAAUAAAGCAGAUCCUAUUAAAAUUAAUAAAGAAGGAAAAUUCUUAA